CUAUAACAUCACAAGGUACCAGCUCAAACCCCUAGUCUAUAACAUCACAAGGUACCAGCUCAAACCCCUAGUCUAUAACAUCACAAGGUACCAGCUCAAACCCCUAGUCUAGUCACUCACAAUGUACCAGCUCAAACCCCUAGUCUAUAACAUCACAAGGUACCAGCUCAAACCCCUAGUCUAUAACAUCACAAGGUACCAGCUCAAACCCCUAGUCUAUAACAUCACAAGGUACCAGCUCAAACCCCUAGUCUAUAACAUCACAAGGUACCAGCUCAAACCCCUAGUCUAUAACAUCACAAGGUACCAGCUCAAACCCCUAGUCAAUAACAUCACAAGGUACCAGCUCAAACCCCUAGUCUAUAACAUCACAAGGUACCAGCUCAAACCCCUAGUCUAUAACAUAACAAGGUACCAGCUCAAACCCCUAGUCUAUAACAUCACAAGGUACCAGCUCAAACCCCUAGUCUAUAACAUAACAAGGUACCAGCUCAAACCCCUAGUCUAUAACAUCACAAGGUACCAGCUCAAACCCCUAGUCUAUAACAUAACAAGGUACCAGCUCAAACCCCUAGUCAAUAACAUCACAAGGUACCAGCUCAAACCCCUAGUCUAUAACAUAACAAGGUACCAGCUCAAACCCCUAGUCUAUAACAUCACAAGGUACCAGCUCAAACCCCUAGUCAAUAACAUCACAAGGUACCAGCUCAAACCCCUAGUCUAUAACAUCACAAGGUACCAGCUCAAACCCCUAGUCUAUAACAUCACAAGGUACCAGCUCAAACCCCUAGUCAAUAACAUCACAAGGUACCAGCUCAAACCCCUAGUCUAUAACAUCACAAGGUACCAGCUCAAACCCCUAGUCAAUAACAUCACAAGGUACCAGCUCAAACCCCUAGUCUAUAACAUCACAAGGUACCAGCUCAAACCCCUAGUCAAUAACAUCACAAGGUACCAGCUCAAACCCCUAGUCUAUAACAUCACAAGGUACCAGCUCAAACCCCUAGUCAAUAACAUCACAAGGUACCAGCUCAAACCCCUAGUCAAUAACAUCACAAGGUACCAGCUCAAACCCCUAGUCUAUAACAUCACAAGGUACCAGCUCAAACCCCUAGUCUAUAACAUCACAAGGUACCAGCUCAAACCCCUAGUCUAUAACAUCACAAGGUACCAGCUCAAACCCCUAGUCAAUAACAUCACAAGGUACCAGCUCAAACCCCUAGUCUAUAACAUCACAAGGUACCAGCUCAAACCCCUAGUCAAUAACAUCACAAGGUACCAGCUCAAACCCCUAGUCAAUAACAUCACAAGGUACCAGCUCAAACCCCUAGUCUAUAACAUCACAAGGUACCAGCUCAAACCCCUAGUCAAUAACAUCACAAGGUACCAGCUCAAACCCCUAGUCAAUAACAUCACAAGGUACCAGCUCAAACCCCUAGUCUAUAACAUAACAAGGUACCAGCUCAAACCCCUAGUCUAUAACAUCACAAGGUACCAGCUCAAACCCCUAGUCUAUAACAUCACAAGGUACCAGCUCAAACCCCUAGUCUAUAACAUAACAAGGUACCAGCUCAAACCCCUAGUCUAUAACAUCACAAGGUACCAGCUCAAACCCCUAGUCUAUAACAUCACAAGGUACCAGCUCAAACCCCUAGUCAAUAACAUCACAAGGUACCAGCUCAAACCCCUAGUCAAUAACAUCACAAGGUACCAGCUCAAACCCCUAGUCUAUAACAUCACAAGGUACCAGCUCAAACCCCUAGUCUAUAACAUAACAAGGUACCAGCUCAAACCCCUAGUCUAUAACAUCACAAGGUACCAGCUCAAACCCCUAGUCAAUAACAUCACAAGGUACCAGCUCAAACCCCUAGUCUAUAACAUCACAAGGUACCAGCUCAAACCCCUAGUCUAUAACAUCACAAGGUACCAGCUCAAACCCCUAGUCAAUAACAUCACAAGGUACCAGCUCAAACCCCUAGUCAAUAACAUCACAAGGUACCAGCUCAAACCCCUAGUCUAUAACAUCACAAGGUACCAGCUCAAACCCCUAGUCUAUAACAUCACAAGGUACCAGCUCAAACCCCUAGUCUAUAACAUCACAAGGUACCAGCUCAAACCCCUAGUCAAUAACAUCACAAGGUACCAGCUCAAACCCCUAGUCAAUAACAUCACAAGGUACCAGCUCAAACCCCUAGUCUAGUCACUCACCUCACCCCCUUUCACCCCCUAGCCUAGUGGUCAGAGCGUUGGA